UCGUGCGUUGUUGAGAACUGUCAACAUUACUGAGACAACCUUCCCAAGACUACUAACAAUACUUUUGGAGCCUUCGCUAAUCUCCAAAGCUUUUACGCACCAUCUUUUCAUUAUCCUUGGAAACUACAGCUACACCAUCAGCCAAUAUGAAGGUUGUCGGACCUACCUGCGCACUGAAGAGCAAGGUUGGCGGCGAGGACAUGGUGCGGUGCCUUUCCGACCAGAGCCUGUCCAUCUCCAAAUGCAAGAUCCCGCUGCUGGACGAGCAGAUGACCGUGUUUCUGCAAGACAUGAACAGCUGCUACAGCAAGCUGAAGGAGCUGGUCCCAACUCUGCCCACCAACAAGAAGGCCAGCAAGGUGGAGAUCCUCCAGCACGUCAUUGACUAUAUCUGGGACCUGCAGGUCGAGCUGGACGAGCCGGAGAAGAGCCGUCAGCAGAGCAGCGUGCCCCGCACACCUCUGACCACCCUGAAUGCAGAGCUGGCAAGCAUCGCUGUCGAGAAUGGAUGCUCGGAUGACAGAAUCAUGUGCCGCUAGACCUCUCAGAGCAUCGCCCCAUCGUUCCAGAGCGAGCACCACGAUGAAUGAACAAGGUUAUAUUAUGUGACAUUAGAUCACAAACAAACCUUGAGGCAAGUAGGGAAGUUGCAAACUCCCAUGCUAGAAAAUACUUUUGAUUGACAUUCUGAAGAAGAAAGGAACUGUCACUCAAGGCCUUCGAUCCAUCCCGAGGUCUCUGAUCUCAUGGAGACUAGUGGGUCCGAAUAGACUGUGUUAGUCAUGGGACCAUGGCAGUUACUGCAAACAGCUUCGCCUGUUGUUGUGUGGAGUUUCUCAAGAAAUACAACGUUUUUGUAUCUUGUAAAACAUGUAGAAAAUUCAAAAUUGUGUAAAAUAAGAUGUAUUAAUUUUCUCAGUAUCCUGAGCGACAAAAUGUAUUGUAUAUUACAAUGCCACACUAUGUGAAAAAUAUUGUUUUUUUUACAAUGUACCUUAAUGGUGUUUUUAUUAAAACAAGGCAAUACUUUUUUUAAACAUG